AGUCUACCUUCUUGUAGCUUUGCUCAAAACCCAUCCACACACACACACACACACAGAAACAGUGAAGUAAGGAGUGAUGCUCAACAGUGCCGCUGCGUCACCUUCGUCCACCGGGGCGUGCGUUCUCGCCCCCGGGGCGGCCGCACAGCCCAUCUUCUCCAUUGAGGAGUUCUACCCAGUUUUCUUCUCUGCGUGGGAGCGCGAGACGGGCCAGUGCAGUAUCUGCUGCAAUCAGGUAGAGGGUCCCUGCGUCGUGUGCCAGAGCAACGCCGAGGUCACGUCGGCGGAGUGCGGCAUCACAUGGGGAGACUGCGGACAUGCCUUUCACACCCACUGCAUUGAGAAGUGGCUCAAGACACGGCGGGUGUGCCCGCUAGACAACAAGGCAUGGAUCGACCGCGCCGACUGGAACAGCUCCGCCACGGUGUAA